GCCACCAAAUGUGUACACAAUAACUCAAAAAAUACAGGAGGGAUUUUGAUAAGGCUUUGUCGAGAGAUCUGUUGAAGCUGUUUCUCAGUCAUCGAGAUCUUGCAUAUGGCAUGAAGGAGGAAGCGGCAGGGUUCAAAGUUUACUUUAGGACAUGUGACUGUCUGUAAACCAUUAGUCUCCCUACUGACUCAUUUCGGCUCACCAAGGAAUACUGUAACUCAUGAUAGUAUUGAUAGCUGACACAACAGACCAGUGGGAGUGUCAUCUUUCCUGUCCAGCAGGUAGUGCCGGUGAAGUAAGACGUAGCCCCUCCACAAUGGGCCGCUCCAACUGAGAUGCAAACACGUUUUUGUGUUUUGCACAGCAGCAUAAGCCAUGCCUGAUGAGUAAAAUUAUCCCAUUUUGCUCAAAGCAAUAAAAAAGAAAAAAAAAAUCCUACAUGUAUACCCAUGUAGAGACCCUUUGCUGCACCCUACUGGAGUGACGACCCCUUCCAGAUAGGUUCUGCCUCCUCCUUCCUUCGAACAGCUCGUCGCCAACAACCCUACCUUAACUCAAGUUAAAAAUGCUGCUCAACCUAAGAAUGGCUAAAACCUGAGGUCCCAUGCGUCCAGUGAGCACCGAUUCAGACGGUCCAGCUCCUCCUGCAAAUCUCUCUUGUCCCUACCCCCUCGUGGGCUCCCUGCCUGCCUCAGAGAUGUCUCUGCUGCAGUCACUGGGGCCAGUGCAAAACUGGCUCGGCCAGGAGCUGGAGAAGUGUGGGAUCGAUGCCAUGAUUUACACCCGCUAUGUCCUCAGCCUUCUCCUGCAUGACAGUUAUGACUACGAUCUGCAGGACCAGGAAAAUGACAUCUUCUUGGGCUGGGAUAGGGGAACUGGGAAGAAAUGGGGCAAGAAUAAGAAAAAAGGAGGGACUGACCUGAGUCUUGAGGAAAUGAAGAAACAAGCCGCCGUGCAAUGUCUCCGCUCUGCAUCUGACGAAAAUUCUGGAAUUGAGAGCCUGGUUGAUGAGCUUUGCUCUAAGCUAAAGGACAUCCAAAACAAAAAGAAAGAGGAAAAACAAAUUCAGAAGAAAUCUGACGGCUUUCAGUCGCCUGAGCGAGCUGAGUCCCCGUCCAAGGACCAGGUGGAAAUGUAUUAUGAAGCCUUUCCUCCUUUGUCAGAGAAACCUGUUUGUCUCCAAGAGAUCAUGACGGUGUGGAACAAGACUAAGGCGUGCACAUACUCCAGUUCCUCAUCUGCAGCCCCGCAGACCAGCACAGACACCUCCUCCCCGAAAGAUUGCAACAGCGAAGGAGAGGCUGCAAAGGAGCGAAACCUUGAGAUAUGCGGUACCAUCACUACUGUGACCGACAGAGGCCAGCAACGACGAAGCAAGAAGGAGAAAGAAAAUCAAUACCAGGGUGGUACAACAGCAGAGGACAAAUUUGCUGUCCACACCAAGAGACAGAUAAGACACAGAUCUGAGGCCAAAUACAGGCCUAGGUCAUGGUCUUCUGGGUCGAGUGAGGAAGGAUCAAGCUCAAGUGGAAAUCAGGGUGACUCAAAGUCAUCCCGAAGUAAAGCGGUUAGAAUAAGGCACAAAUCCAGAGAGGCUGGAAAAAAUAAGAGAACGCGCAACAGUGGGAAGGUAAAGCUGCAGGUUAAGGUUAUUGACAAAGAGGAACGCAGGAAUACUGGUGGGAGUGGUGGCAGCACCACUGGGGGUGCUGCCAAACCACCACAGCUUUACAAAAAGGGUAAGCGGGCGCUGAAAGAGAUUCAUAAAGAUCCAAGCUGGGGGGAAGCAAAAGAAUCCAGAGUUGAGGCCAGGAACAAAACUGAAUACAUGGAGGAGCCACUAUGGUACACUGAGCCCAUAACAGAAUAUUUUGUACCUUUCAGCAGCAGAGAGAGCAAGCUGGAAACAAAGUAUCGAAACAGGUUGGACUCUCCUGAUGUCUUUGCCUUGUCAACUGACAUGGAACGACUGCCUGAGAGAAUCCAGGGAAUCUGCAUUGCCAGUGACAACCACCAGAGGGCAUACCUGGCAGCAGGUUCCUUUGUAGAUGGGCAUUUUGUGGAAGGGCCUGGCGAUGCCGAAGAUGAAACGUUUGAACUCACUGGGACCUCAAGCUGCCCUCAGCCACAGGAUAGCAGAGAUUUAGAUGAUAAGCAUCUGUCGGAAUUUACUCACUUCUAUGAAGUUGACAUUUAUCAAUCCAUAUUGGAUACUAGUGCCUCAGACACGAUACAAGAGAGUCGGAUCUUGAAUAUGAUUCGGCAAAAAAGCAAAGAGCAACUAGACAUUGAGGCAGAAUGUUGUUUAGUGUUAGAUGGCCUCGAGCAGCAAGGGAAAAGUGCAAUAAGGGCAGACUCACAAGAAGCUUCAGGAUCUGUUGGCUUCUUAAUGGAAGACCUCGAAAAUAUGGCUCAAGUUUGGGGAUGUUAUUCACCUUCUACUUCAGAAGAUAUAGACAGAGAAAGCUUUGUAGGAGAUUCACCCGUUCGGCUGUCCCCUCUUCUCGACAGCGUUUCUUUCACCCUGAGCAAAUUAUCUGAAAACGAUGAGGAGCCAUCUCUUCUCGAAGCCAGCAGUGAGCCAUCAGGAUUAAACUCAUCUUGCUUCUCUCUUUUUGAGCUGCAGUAUGACAGCCCCACUUUUCCUUUUCCCUGCGACUCCCUCACCAUUGGCUAUGAAAAUAACACUGAUUCAAGUAGCUGUCUCGACCCACAUUCUAAUAAACAGUCUCGUUUGCUAAUAUGGACCAAAAAUAGUGCCUUUGACGAAACUGAACACUGUUCGAACCUUUCAACGCGUACGUGCAGUCCAUGGUCCCAUUCAGAGGAGACUCGUUCGGACAAUGAACAAGCAUCUGUUCAGCCAGAAGAAGCUGCUCAUAUCGGCAAUGAAGAAUUCGAUUGUAUAAUCCCUCCCAUUUCUGGUACAUAUCUUGAGGAUGAAAUCUUGGAGUAUUUCCAGGAUGAUCCCAGCCGUCAAUGUGAGGAAGUCGGUGUCGGCACAAUAUCAAGCCAGACCUUCACCAAAAAAUCUAAAUUGGAGUCCGUUUGUGGCAUAGCACUGGAAGAGGAUGAGAGUAAACGGUAUGGCUCUGGCGUGUUUUCAGACAACACAAACCAACAGAGUGACGACUACAGCUCAGGGAUAAUACAGGACAUUUGGACUGCAAUUGGAGAUAGAGAUUCUGUUGUGUCUAGGCAGGGAGCAGAACAAACAAAAGAUGGGCUAUUCUCAGACGAUUCAAGUGGUUACUGUUGCAGCUGUCUGGAGGUGCAGGCAAACGGUGUUCCGAUCCAGGAACCCCAGAAAAAAGCUGUUCAGCGGUCAGAGUAUCACCUUUGGGAAGGGAAGAAAGAGGAACAGGAUGCAGCCAAAAACAAACUGUCCAAGGUGGAUGGUGCCGGGGAUUACAUGACUCCGUCCAAGCCCUGGGACAUGAUCCCAGACAAGGAGAACACGUCAUUCAUCCUUGGAGGGGUGUAUGGAGAAUUGAAGACACUAAGUGGGGACAAGAAUUGGGCCGUUGUGCCACCAGGUGAAUCUCGUGAUAGCCUAUUACAGUGUGCCGCCGUGGCUGCUUCUGCUUCCAGCUCAGACCUGCUUACCAUCACUGGUACCGAUAUGUUCAUGAACACUGGUAGUCGCUUUGCCCCGGGACACAGGCCCCUGUGGAGGCCCCUUGUUUCCUUCGGGCAGAGUGAACAGGUGAUCCGAGGAGGAGGGGAUGGAUUGAAUAAGGGAUUUUCUUUCAUCUUCCAUGAAGAUUUGCUUGGUUCGUACAGAGGCUUGCAUACUGAGGAGCAAGGUUUGGAAUACCCCUUUGCGUCCUUCAACUUAAGUAAUCCUUUUUCCCAAGUCCUCCACGUGGAGUGUUCCUUUGAGCCUGAGGACAUAGCUUCAUUCAGCCCAGGGUUCAAACCAAAAUCUAUACUUUGUUCGGACUCUGAGAAUGAAGCCUUCCACACGCGGCUAUAUGGCAUCAACCGGACACAGUACAGGGCCAUUCGCAUUUCCCCUCGAACUCACUUCCGGCCAAUAUCUGCCUCAGAGUUGUCCCCUGGUGGGGUAAGCGAUUCAGAGGCUGAGACUGACAAGGAAGAAAUGAGCUUUCCUGUCCUGGCGCCUGUAGAUGUCUUUGAUGAUCCUCAGGCUGAUCUCAAACCUCUGGAGGAGGAUGCAGAAUGUGAGGGCCCUUACUACGGCAAGUCAGAACUGGAAUCUGGUAAAUUCUUACCCAGAUUAAAGAAGUCUGGCAUGGAGAAGAGUGCCCAGACCUCUCUGGAUUCACAGGAGGGUUCCAGUACCCUCCUGCCAAUAGCCGAGCAAGAGACUUGCUUAGACUGCAAACCAGCGGCAGUUGCGUCUGCUACAAGUGGACAUACGGACAUCUCAUUCAGCAAGAUUCAGAAAGAGGAAUCUUCAGGAGAAACAUGGUCCUUAUGCACUGCGCCUGCAAGUCAGAUCCCCAAAUAUGGGAUCGCUUAUGACUUCGUUGGAGAUGUGCCAGAGUUCCCGUUGUUGAGUAUAAGUGGGCAGAGAGGAACCGACAACCAGCAAGAAGAGUGCUGGUGGCAGAACACAUGUUCCCCGCUUUUCCCUGGAUCUCAGUGUACAGGAAGAAACCUCAAGCAGACUGGUCACCUUAGUAUCGACUGAAUUUUAUGGAGGCAGCAGCAACAUAUAAAUGCUUCAGUUUUUCAGAGGACAAGCCUCAUCAAGAAGAAGCUCCUCUCUGGUGACGGGAUCGUCUGGUGGGGGGUUUCACCACUAAGGUGGAAGCAAAUUCAGUUUUCAGAGGGUACAUCCUUCUAAAACCCACUCUCAACUCAACAGGUUUUUCAUUGACUAACUUUGUCAAAAAUCAGAUCAACAAAAAGGUUAUGAUAGGAAAAUUGCAAAAAAAAAAAGAAAAAAA